GAGAAAAGUGUUAGUAAGAACUUGUAACAAAAAUACCUAACUUCUAACAAGAAAGUGGCUGAAGGAUUAAGCACCGACGUCAUUCUAAAUCAUCAAUCAUGACAGGGACGACGUAUCAAGACAAAAGGUGGCCACUUUUACCCCAAAUCAGGGAUUUCAUUUUGACAACGGAACCGUGAAUGCCUUUUUGGCUGCCUGAUGCUCUAAAGGAACCGGCAAAGGGGAAUCAAGAUCGGCAUGAUGAACUGCAAAUGAAGGCCAAUGAGUUGGAGAAACUAUUUGCUGCACACAAGCUAACAACUUCCAGGAGAGGGAAGUCUACGGAUGCACAGGUUGAUGACACACCUAGGUUAAGUGAGGUAAAGCCUACACAGGUUCUUCCAGAGAAGAUUUGUAUGAAGCAAACUGUGACGGAGAGUAACAACUUUGAUUGCAAUGAACUUCUGAAGAUGGUGGACAACGAAGGGCAUAACAACAGCACACCAGAAAAACAUGGGAUGCCUAGCUUAGAAGAUUCACGGGGAAAGUUUUAUGAUCAAUAUAUGCAGAAGAGGGAUGCAAAACUAAAGGAGGAUUGGAAGCUGCAGAAAGAAGAGAAGGAAGCAAUAUUAAAGGCAAUGCAUGAAAGUCUAGAAAGGAGCAAGGCUGAGAUGCAGGCCAAAUUCUCUCGAUCUGCUUUGCAAUCAGUUUCACGAAAUAAGGAUCAGGGGACAGAUUCUUUCCUGGUAGAAGACGAAAUAAACAGUGACUACCUAUCUGGUGAUUGUUCUUCCAGGAGUGCUGAUUCCAGGAAGCAUUUUUCAAACAAAGUAGCUUACACAAAGAAAUCCAUUGCUCCCAUCCAUAGCCAUAAGCAUUCGUCAAGAACUGUAAGAUCCGGUUAUGCAAAUCGCAGGAACCCACCAGAAAAUCCUCUUGCACAGUCAGUUCCCAAUUUCUCCGACUUCAGAAAGGAAAAUACAAAGCCAUCAGCUGGUCAUAGCAGAGCUACUGCAAGGGCUCAGCCAAAAGGUUUUUCCCGUAGUAAAAGCAUAAUUGAAGAGUCAAAGAGUAUUUUGAAUCAAGACCAAUCAAGGGGAUCACAGUCGAUGAGGAAAAACUUAAAUGCUACUGAAUUAAGGGACACUUCAUCAGUGAACUACAACUGGGCUACCUCAGGAAUUUCUAGUAACACCCAUAAAUCUGGCGCGCCGAAGUCUUUUGUUAGAAAAGGCAAUGGGGCUCACCCUGUUGUCGGUAUAACCGGAUUUCGACAACCAAUGUUUGCAACUGUCAUACAGGAUGAUGAUGAUGAUUUUCCAGAUCAACAAGAGGAUUCCCCCGAUGAAGCCAAAGAUGAAGAAUAUGAAAGCAUUGAAGAGAAUCUUAGGGAAAGUGAUAUUCCUGCUGAUUCAGACAGCGAGACUCCAAAACUGAGUCAGGAUUUUGGAAAUUCAGAUGAUCCAGGAUCAGAAAAUGGCGAUGUUUCUUUUCCAACGGAAGCAUCCAAUACCAAGUUCAAUGCUUUAGCAGCAAACAUGCACGAUUUACCUGGUGAAUUACCAGCCCCCUGGAGCUCGCGAAAUCCACACCUAUUGCCUUAUGCAAAUGAUACCUCGGAUGGUGAUGCUUUUGUCGAUUCACCAACCGGCAGUCCAUCACCGUGGAACUCUCAUUCGCUGGAUCAAAUAACAGAUGCUGAUAUUUCCCGGAAGAGAAAAAACUGAGACUUCUUGGAUCGGCGGGGGCGGGACGCGGCCGGGCACCAUGGGCGGAGGCCG